AUGAAAGCAGAGUGGACUCUUUUUAAGCAGUUGAUGAGAGGUGAGACAGAUUUAGGAUGGGAUCCCAAAAGAAAAACAAUUAUUGAAGAUGAUGAUUGGUGGAAGCAAAAAAUUAAGAAUUCUAAAUACAAAAAAUUUAGGAACAAAGACCUUUCGCUGAUAUUGUUUCGUUACGAUGCUUUAUUUACUGAUAUCAUUGCCACCAGAGAGAGAGCACGUGCAGCAAAUCAAGAACAUGAGUCGGAAGUUGAGUUAGAUCAAGAUGAUGAUGGAACAAAUGAUGUUUAUGAUAAUGACAUAGAACAAUGGAAUGAUGAAAGAAGCGAUGAAAGUCAUGACUUGCAGAAUAUGGAUUCAAUUACGUUUCCUGAGCCAUCGCUUAGAAAGCGAAAGUCAAUAGAUGGCAGUAGCAGUAGCAGUCAAGUGAAAAAGCGCAAGACAAAAAAUAAUUCAUUGUCACUAAAAAAGGAGAUACACUCCCUUAUUGAGUUCAUAUCUAACAACAGCACAUCUAAGUCUUCAAAGCCCACCAUUGAGAAGUGCAUGAAUAUUUUAGAAAAUAUUCCUGGUAUUCUUGAAGGGAGUGAUAUUUUUAAUUGUGCUGUGAACUUGUUGACACAGAAAGAGAUGCGACAUGCAUUUUUGAAGUUGUCUACCGAUGAAGCUAGGAAAUCUUGGUUGGAGUACAACCACCGACGAUCCUUCGUGCCGAAUAAUCCAUCUAAUCCAAUCUGA